AUGUCGAAAGUUAAGAAUUNCAGGGGAAAUAGCAGCAGCAACAAUGACAGCCAGCUGUACGACAGUUUGGAGGAGAUUGCGCAGAAUCAGGCCAAUGAGCUUAUGCUGCUGGAGACGCUCAGUCACUACGAGAAGGAGCACUUGGUGAUUUGCCUGGAGACGGCAGCGGGCAGCUUCUAUUGGUGGUCACAGUAGCAGCAGUAGAUGGAGAUACUACGGCAACAAGGAGCAAAAGAGGUAGAUAAAGAAGGAACUACAGCUGGAGGUAAGGAAAUCGCUUAAUCAGCAGACAAAUCUCAGAGAGAAGUUCUGCAACAGGUGCAGGUUGAAGAGAAGAAGCUACAGAAGCAGCAUAAACAACACCAGCAGCAUCUGCUUAAGCAACAUUAGCACCAACAGCAGUAACAUUAGCAGCGGCACCAAUUAGAGCAUCAACAGAAGCUUAAAACGAAGAGUCAGCCUCUGCCAAAACAUCUCAAAGAACUUAAACAUCAUCAGUAGAAGCUUUAACAUUGUCAGCAAUAAAUGCAACAGUUGCUUCAACAACAUUAGAAUCUCCACAUCCACAAUAGUUUCAUCACCAACAGCAACCAAACACAAAUGUAACAAAAUGGCCAUCAGCAGCAACAGAAGCUUCUGAUAAACAGCAGCAACAUCUGGUAAGGCUAGAAGCCGUAACACAUCGUACAUUUGAGGAAGCAUCUAGAGACACAACAGCAGCAGCUAAAGCAGCAACGACAGCAGAAGCAAUAAAAACAGCAGCUAGAAGGGCAGCAGCAACAACAUCUCCAGCAACAACAGACACUCCGACAGCAACAUUAUCAGUACCAGCAUCAGCCAGUCGACGUGUGCGCAAAUAAAACCGGUACUUAGAAGCAAAAAUGUAUGAAUGAAUGAGUGACACGAACAACAACUACAACAAAAACGAUAACAACCAAAAGAGAAUUCCGUUCCAUGAAUGAAUGAAUGAAGCUGUCGCAGCAACUUACGUAAAUAUGUAUGUACAAACGUAUAUAAAUACAUAUGUAUGUAUGGUACAUACGUUCGUGUGAAACAAGCUGAGUGAUAAAAAAAACAGCAAUAGUGCGCCACACCAAGAAGGGCACAUAAGCGAACCGUCUCUCUCUCUCUCCCAGUUGGAGUCCUGAGAUGGAUGUUAAUUCUCAAGAAUACUUCAUAAAUUUGUGAUAAUAAAUAUCUUUAGCAAUAGGAAUAGCAUAAAUGUUAU